AUGCGUGCGAAUGCUAUGCACCCUGCUGUUCAAGGCAUCAAUGUGGCGCCGAUGGCAGCACCAGUUGGCUCAGGACAAUAUGGAUGUACUGGAUGCCCUCAGGUGACUGCCUCUUCAGUUCUCCAUAACUUGGACAAUUCAGCGUUGCCACAACCUGCACCACAUGUACAAAGUGCUUUUGAGAUGCUGGGUAAAACGCCUGUUGCUGGACUGACCCAUGAAAGAGUUGACAAGGAUGAUGUUAUGAUGAAAGCGCUGUUAGCAGCGAUCAGCGGCGACAAAAAGAUGUUGCCUCCUUGGAAUGGAAGUGUGGAAACCCUUCGUGCAUGGCUACGGCAACUCUCUCUAUGGGAACUAGACAACAAUUUGCCGAAGUCACGUUGGGGUCUGAAGCUGAUGCAGUCCUUUCAUGAAGGAACGGCACCUCGCCGAAUAGCUGAAGCAAUAGAUUUAGCAACGUUGACUUCGGAGUCUGGCUACAGUGCUAUAUUGUCCUCGUUGAUGGCGAAGUAUGCGCCAUACCUGGAAGCCUCUGGACCAGCAGCUGUGGAGAAUUUUUUCUAUGGCAAUGAAAGAUCCAAGAAUGAAAGCUUCUCCACAUACAUAGCAGCCAAAGAAAUCGCUCUGCAGGAGAUGGAAAGCCAAUUGGGUGAAAAACUUUCCCCAAAAAUUGCUGGUCGAAUUCUUUUGCGUCAUGCUGGCCUGAACGACCUUCAAAGGGAAAACCUUGCGGUGAGAUACAAUGCCCUGCUCACCUUCGAUCAGGCAGCUGCAGCACUACGUCCUCUAGAUCGUCCUGGAGCUCUGAUGUCAAGGGUUGCAAAGACCUAUGUGACAAGCACUCAGGUCGACGGUGAGUUGGAAGAUGAGCAGACCAAUGAGGAUGACGAUGAGCUGCAGCCCGACGAAGAUGAGUUGUCGGGCCCCGAAAGUGAUGGUCGUGGCAAUUUCACCUACAUGCUGUUCGACCCUGAACAGGAAUAUGAUGAAGAUGAGGCAAACUAUGUCUGGGCCUACAACUCUGCCUACAAGGACGUUCGCAAAGAGCUCCAGGCGCGGAGAAAAGGCCGACAGUUUUACAAGCCCAAAGCCGGAGUUGCAAAGAAAGGGAAAAACAAAGGAAAUCAAAACUCUGGAAAAGGCAAAGGCACUUCAACCAGCUCAAGGGGUCAGGGUCGUGGACAUGGCAGUCAUGCUCACCGUGGAACCCCUGAAGAAUUGAUGUCGAGAACAAGAUGCUUUUCAUGUGGCCAGCUUGGACAUAUUUCCAAGGAAUGCCCCAAGCGUGCUCAGGAAUCAGCAGCCAAUUUUUUUGUGUGUCAGGGAAGCUCUGGAAACCAGAACAAGGUCUAUGUGAACAUCUCCGAAGCCAAGGAGAAAAAGUUUUCAGUUUUUGCUGGAGUUCAAACUUCCGGCAAUGAAGCAGUUGUCGACACAGCGGCUGAGGAAGCAGUGAUUGGUUCAGCUGCAAUGGCAAAACUCAGACAAUGCUUGGAAAGCUACGGUUUGAAGCCCGCACCAGCGCAUGGGGCAACAGUGACCUGUGCUGGGAUUGGCGGCAGUGCAAAGAUUCUUGGAAUUUAUGAUGUACCAGUUGGAGUGGCUCGUACCAAUGGGCUGAUCCGUGUGACUGAAAUCAGCGACGAAGGAUCUUUUUGCACCCCGUUUCUCUUGCCCAUCUCUUACAUUGAGUUGGUAGGUGCGACAGUUGAUGUGAGCAAGGAACUGUUUACUUUGAAGAAUGGCAAUAGUACGCCUAUGAGGCGAUCUCCAUCAGGGCACCGCGCCAUUUCAGUGCUUGAGUUUGCAGGCAAGUGGACGUUGCCACAGCAGCUGUUGAAUGAGUUGAAAAUUGAAGGUGAGAACCCUUUUCAAGCUGCAUCACCCAAGCCUUCUCCUGCGAAGAGCUCAACUUCAACGAAGUUUGCACAAAGACCUGGAGUUGCUGUUUGGUUGAAAACGGCUCAGCAUCAGUUGCAAUACAUGGGCACCUUGAGCCCUCGAAAAACUUUAGUGCACCCCAAAGAAGUUUUUCCAUCAAGUUUGCUGGGAACUUUGGACAAGUCACGGGAACUCAAGAUCCCGUUGCGCCCCAAUCUCGACCUGGUGAGUUUUGGACGGGCGAUGCAGAAGCGUGUGACGCAAUGGCUGCUGGCUCAGAACGAAGACAUGCCAGACCCGGUGCCGAAGAAGAAGUCACCACCGGAAAAACUCAUGCAGGCCUGGCGUCGCAUGGUGUUGGCAACCAUCAGGUUGUACCUGGAGGUGAUGUUACAGUCGGUGACCGACUACCUGACAAGCAGAAACAGGGGAACCAUGGCAAAGCUCCCGAAGGCCAAGAAGGACAAGUCCCUGGUCCCAGCGGAGUCGAAGAAGACCGCCAAAGUCAGGCGUGGCAUAGGGCAGCCUCUGCCUCGCUCCAAAGCAUGCAAAAGCUGGCCCAAAGAGCCCUUGGACUGUGCUCACGAAGAAAGCCAAUUGAGGCAGCGGGGGUCAAAGGACAGUUUUUGGUGGACGUGCCUGCAAUGUGGAAGCCGAUGGCAGCGCGUGGAGUGGGAACCCGACAUGGAGCUCAACGCUGGUGCGGCCUCUUCAGGGGAAUACCGCGGUUCAGCGGGAACAGAGAAGAUCCAGACGUCUUCCAAGGUGGCAUACCCAAGCAGACUGCCACCGCCGAGAUCAAGGCCCAACCUGACAACCUUGGUCGUCGAGGAGGAGACAGUGGUCCGCACAGAUCCCCUGAUGGCACACGAAGGGAGGAUGACACCAGCACCCAUGCAGUCAGAAGGACAACUCCCAAUGCCGCUGGAGCACCCACAGAACCGCCACCGCCAAGCAGCCAUGGGGAUUCCACCAACAACCAGUCUGGUGACCGACAUGGCGGCUCAGGCACUGAUGGAUGGGAUGGAUUUCGACCCAACCGAUCAGACAGCCGAUCAGCAGUUGGAGAAGUUGAUGGCCGAGCACAAGAAGGAGCGCCGCAAGCAGAUGCAGAUGGCCAGUGGAGUUCGACCUGCCCAACCAAGGUCAAAGUCUCGAGGACCAGCAUCAUCGGAGCUGGAAAUCCAGGAGAUCCACACGUCGGACGACGAGACGACUCCACGCAAAGCCAUCCAAGACUUUCAGAUGGAAUAUGAGGGCAAUGGUGGAUGCAAGACGAAUUCAAUAGCGAAACCACUUGCCCAGGCCACGAAGUUGGCAAUGUUUGCAACGGUCCUGGUUUGCUCUCAGUUGCCCGAUGCAGAGCAACGGAUCUCUACGUUGCUUGGUCCUCGGAUGGAGUUUGAGGACAGCUACAGCACUGAGGGUGACCUGGGCAUCAAAGAAAUGACUUUUUCCUUGAAUGCCAGCACGUCUGAGCUGGCCCGCACUGAUUUUGAUGGUGUGCCCAAAACCAUCGACAAGCAGCAACGACAACACGUUUCUUUUGCACUACGAAACUAUCUCGACCACAUUGGCGAGAUCUACAGCCCUCCAAGAGCCACUGCAAUGUCUCCAGGUGAAGGACUCCGUGGGAAGAUAGCGCUGGACCUGACCAACGGCUGGGACUUCUGCAAGUCAGAGCAUCGCCAAAAGGCUGUGAAGCUGGUGAAGACGCACAAACCUGCAGUGCUGUUACUUUCACCUCCAUGUGGACCAUUCUCAUCCCUACGGAACUUGUCAAACAGCAAGCGUGACAGUGAACAAGUUCGACGUGAAGUCAUCGAGGGUGAGCUCCACAUGAACUUCGCCAUCAGCCUGGCCAUGCUACAGAUCUCCGAAGGCCGUGGGUUCAUCCUGGAACAGCCCAAGAAUGCCAAGUCUUGGAAACUCCCCAAGAUGCUGGAGUUGCUGGAUCAUCCAGACGUUUACCAGAUCCGCGUGGACAUGUGCCAGUUUGGCCUACGUGCUCAAGCAGGUCCCUGCAAAGGGGAGCUGGUCCAAAAGCCCACACUCCUGGCCACCAACAUUGCAGAGAUGGCUCACUACGUUCAGAAGACUUGCAACAAGUCGCAUCAACAUGGAAUGCUGGUUGGCGGCUCAGCUAAGAUGGCCGCGAUCUACACGCCCCACUUUGUCAAGGCAUUGCUGCAUGGUAUCAAAAAUGCCCUUGGAAUCAAAGCAGCAAAGCCUCAGAAUCCACAACUUCACCAAGCCUUCCUGUAUGGCAAGUCGAUUGGCAUCCAAGCCCAAAUUUUUGCAGUGGAUUGCCAAGAGGUCAACAUGGAUUUUGCAAUGGCCUCCAAUUCACAUCCGCAAUCAUUGGACUUUCAGGCCGAUGGACUUAGGCAGGUGGUUGGAUUUGGACUUGAGCCACCUGCCCGGCCAAAUGCAGAAGCCAGUGGACUUUAUCCAUCCAAUGGACUUUCACGGAUGGUCUGGCCUGCAGCAGCGGAUGAUGAAGACUUGCCUGAGGCAGUUGUGCCAGAGGCAGUGGAUGACGAGGUGUUGGAAGAAACUCGCCGUCAGCUUCGCAAUGUUGGCGAGCAACCUGGAGUUUCCAAAGCCCUUGCAAAGAUGGAGGACUUCAAAAAGGUGGAUGAGGGAGAGUUCUCGCUUCCUCCAAACUUGAGGCGAGAAGUUCAUCGAGUGCAUCGGAAUCUUGGCCACCCUGGAUUGGACAUCUUCGUCCGUGCUUUGCAGAAUGCUGGAGUUCAGGAACAUAUCAUCCAGUGGACCAAGAGACACUUCAGAUGCCCGACCUGCGAUGCACUUCCUCGACCAAAACCAGCACGACCUGGACACUUGAUGCGAGCAUUGGAGUUCAACACUGUGGUUGGCAUUGACCUGUGCUUCUUGGACUUACAGCACAAACAGGUCAUCCUGCUCAACAUGCUGUGUUGGGGCACCAAUUUCCAACAAGCAUGCAUCUGCCAGAGCAAGAAUGCAGAUGAAGUGGUUGAACGUUUCAUGAGCGAAUGGGUGAAGCAUUAUGGACCUCCCGUUCUUUUGGUCAUGGACAGAGGCAAGGAGUUUGACAACGACAAGCUCAAGGAGCUUGUGGGUGGUCUUGGCGUUGGACUCCACUACACAGACGCCCAAUCACCUUGGCAGAACUCAAGAACUGAGAAGGCUGGAGGUAUCUUGAAAGAGAAGAUCCUAGCGACAAUCCACGCCACAUCAGCCUCGAUGGAAGAGCUGCCAUAUGUCAUCUCUGAAGUGGUAGCAGGACGAAACCGCUACAUGGAUCGAUUUGGAUUUAGCCCCAUGCAGCGUGUCUUCGGCAAGAACCUGCGCCUCCCAGCCUCUCUCCUUGCCACCGACGCCCUGAACCGCGAGCUGGCGGAUGCGUCGGCCACAGACCCCAUUCACCGAUCAUGGGAGAUUCGAGAUGCAGCUGCCCGCGAAUGGAUCCGAAAGCAGGACCAAGGUGCUGUGCGACGCAGUCUGCGCGCUCAAACCCGCACCAGCGACCAACAGAAGAUUCCUGCUGGAUCAUGGGUCUACGUCUUCCGGGACACACCUUCCUACAAGGGUUGGGUUGGCCCUGGCGUCACUAUCGCCGAAGACCCCACUGGAAAAUCAUCCUGGGUGUCUAUGCGCGGCAGGCUAUGGAAGGCAUCUCGAGAACAACUUCGACUAGCCACACCUGAAGAAGAGCUUGGAGCCGAGCUCAUUGUUGAGCUUUCCAAAGAGAUGCUGGCGAAACUGAGCAAGCCAGGUCAUGUCGUCUAUCAAGAUGUCACUCAAGAAGGAGGACCCACAGACGACUAUUAUGAUGAAGUUCUCAGGACCUUGAAUGUCCGUGAAGAAGGAGCUCAACAAACUGAGACCCAAGAUGGCUCAUCUCAAUCAGGUGAUGCAACAACUUCAACCACGACGAGCACCACGGGAAGCUCUUCAGGUCAAGCUCACAUGGAGGUGGACACGGAAGUGGAUGGUUCAAAUGUGACGACGGCACCAAACUCUGAACUGCCUAGCAGACGUGCGAGCAUCGCAUCUGAGACUGGAGUGCCAACCGCACCAAUGGAAGUCAUUCCAGAAGUGAGUGAACCAGCAAGCCCUGUGAGCAUGCCCCCACAACCAAUGCUACCGGCAAGAACUUUUGGCCCGUCAGCUGUUGAACGACAACGUCAUUCAGCACCAUACCCAGCUGCACGGCCACGAGCACCUGCACAAGAACCGUUGUUGGAUCAGCCAGAGACACCAACGCUGAGACAAAGUUCUGUGACAGGUCCCACACCAACCUUGAGUCAGAGGUCAGUGACAGAAGCAGCCCCAAGGACACCAUUUCCAUUCAACCCGGGUGCGCCCUCUCUUCCAAGGCCACCGAAUCAAUCUCUCUAUGUGGAAGUGAUCAAUUUUGAAGAUGAUUCACACCUGUUUUCUGCAGUGCAGGCACCAGCCUUCAUCGGUGCCACAUGGAAGUUUUGCCGAGAACAGCAAAGGUCAACUUUGAGACCUUGCACUGAAGAUGAGGCCACGUUUUCAUGCCAGCAAGCAGAGGCAAGCUAUUGCAUCCGAGACAGCUGCAUGUACGUGACCAAGACAAAAUCAUCUUUUGGACAAGUUGAAUUUUCGAAGUUGCCUGAAGAAGAGAAGAGAAUGUUUCGGGCUUCACGCAAAAAGGAGCUCGACAGCUUGGUUUCCACUGGCGCUGUGCGAAUUCUGUCUGUGGAGGAAAGUCUCAGAUUUUUGCGAGACACACCAGAACAGGUGAUUGAUUCCAAGUAUGUGGACCGCUACAAGCCUAUUGCAGUUUCAAAAGGAAAGCUGGAGGAGUACAAGUCCAAAGCACUGACUCAGGGACACUUCAAAGCCAUCGAGCUGGAAGCAGAUGCCACCAAUCCAAAAUCACGGUUGUGCGCAGUGGGAUGGCAGGAUCCGCAGAUCCUCGAGGUGGAGCGUUCUUCCCCGACGCCAUUGUCAACGAGCUUGUAUGCGUGCUUGCAGUUGGCAUCAAGCAGACGAUGGGCUACACGGGUUAAGGAUGUGAAGACCGCUUUCCUGCAGGCCUUGCCGACCACCAGGUCAAAACCACUUGCCUGCCGGAUGCCACGUGAUGAAUGUCCAGAAGGACUUGAUCCACGACAGCUCCUGUUGCUGCUCACCGAGAUCUAUGGCCUGGUGACUGGACCCAGCUGGUGGAGAAGGACACUUCUCAAAACAGCGACUGAGAAGCUGAAGUAUGAGGUGAAUUGCUAUGACAGGUGCAUCCUCACACUUCCAGCUGAAGAAUCCAAACGUGGAUCCCCAGGUGCAUUGUCCGACGGCUUCAUCGUCAUUGAGGUUGACGACAUUGCGGAGGCGGGUGGACCGAGGCAUCUGGAGAAAAUGAAGCAGUUGGAAUCAAUGCUGACUUUUGGGAAAGUCGAGAACCUGCAGUCUGCUGAAGGAACAAACUAUGCAGGACGUCAUUUGCGCCAGCUGCCUGAUUUCAGCUUUGAGAUCACGAUGGAGGAGUUCAUCUAUACGCGACUGGAACCGAUUCUCAGCCACAAAAAGGUUCUCAAAAAGCAUGCAGCUGAGACGCAACUGAACGAAAGCGAGAAGACGCAGUUGAGAGGCUUGAUCGCUUCUUUGAACUGGGUGUCAAGGGAAGGAAGGCCUGAUGCUUCAUCCGCAGCAUCAAUCCUGGCUUCGUCGUUUCCAAACCCGACAAUGGAGCAUGUGCAUGCCGCGAAUGAGGUGGUGAAGCACCUGAAGACCUUUCCUGUGACCCUCCGGAUUCAUGCGAUUCCCGAAAGCCAACUGCGACUGGUCCUGAUAGCAGAUUCAGCAUUCGACACCAGUGGACGUGAGAAAUCUCAACAUGGAUGGUUGCUUGGAUUUACAAAUCCACUGCUGAACAGAGGAGAGCCUGCGCCCAUCUCUCUUAUUCAGUGGCGAUCCAAGCGGCUUCGGAGAAAGGCAUCAUCUUCAUUGCUGUGCGAGGCGAUUUCGAUGUCUGCAGCGACAGGUGCUCUGGAACGCUUGGACGCCUUCUUCCAAAGCACCCGCCUGUCAGACUACAGCCCGAGACGAAAGCAGCUUUCAGAAGAUCAAUACCUUGAGGCCGCUGGAAAGGCAACAGUCAUUGCAAAUGACUCCAACAUCUAUCGAGAUCCUCACAGUGUCUGCGUCAUGGAUGCGAAGAGUCUGUAUGAUGCUCUGAAUUCGGAGCAAAGCCAGGGCGAUGAUGAUAGGAGUGCAUUAGAAACCGCGAUCAUUCGCGAAUCCAUGUCAGUGUGCCGCAGCCGACCCCGAUGGAUCCCUCACAACAUGAACCCAGCUGAUUCAAUGACGAAAUUUGUGGGUGGGCAUCAUGAGCCCCUGUUGAAGUUGUUGAAGACUGGAAAAUUUAUGAUAGAGGAAGAAGAAGAGGUCCUGCUGCGUGGCAAACAGUCAGAGCAGAGACUGAAAACCAGUCAAAGCUCAUGUCAAACUCCAUGGAACAAGAACUUUAGGGGGCUGAUGAACUCAUUUGACAGUCUGUAA